AUGAAUGUGAGACGACAAAACAAGAACAAAGACUGGAAUAAACUGGAAGUAGAUAAUUUAGAACUAUUAUCAAGACUCUUCAACAUUAAAAUCCCACCGUUCUGGCCCAACAAUCCUGGAAUAUGGUUCCCGCAAGUGGAAAAUCAAUUUACAUUGGCAAACAUAACAAGUGACGCCACAAAAUUCAACUACAUAGUUGCCAAUUUAGACAAAGCUUACAUAUUAGAAGUUAGGGACAUUAUUGUUUCACCACCAGCUACAGAGAGGUAUGUAAAAUUAAAGUCAGAGUUAAUUAAGAGACCUAGUGCAUCACAGCAACAAAAAAUUAAAAGACUACUUGAGCAUGAAGAACUGGGCGAUCGAAGACCUUCCCAAUUCGUACGACAUUUACAGCCUUUAGCAGGCACAACGGUACCAGACAAUAUUGUAAGGUAUCUGUGGUUAGGUAGACUGCCAUCGUCUACACAGGCUAUUCUAGCUACUCAAGCUAAAGCUAGUUUGGACGCAGUUGCCGAGCUAGCUGACACAAUAUCUUAA